AUGGAGUCUCCCGAGUCCCUGUGGUCUCUUGUCCCUCGAGACGAUACUACUUGCACUGGGUCCAAGCUGUGGUAUGUCUGCACGGCAGGCAGCUUCCGUGGAUGCUGCGCAACUGAUCCAUGUACGACUGGGAUUUGUCCGGACGACGACGAUGACACACUCUCAUCGACCUCAGCUGGGGUGUCCAGCGUGACGACGAAAACCAUCACUACUUCCCCUACAUCCACUCUGUCGAAACAAGCUACCGUCUCGUCGACAGCUUAUAUUACUUCAAAUACAUCAACAGAAUCUACAGGUGUUACAUCUAGCGCAUCUCCAUCCAAUACCCCAGGUGCCACAUCCUCAAACCUAGGCGCAAUCAUCGGCGGUGUUGUUGGAGGAGUUGCGGUCUUGGUCAUAUGUGCCAUUCUGCUUUUCUGUUGCUGUCGCCGCAAGAGAAAACAUGGGAAACGCGAAGGCACAACUCUUGUCUCAUGGUACAAAGAUCGAGGAACUGCAUCCGAAAUGAAAGGCCCGCUAUCGCCAUCAGACAGCGAAGCACAUAACUCAUCGAGCGCCGCCUCCCCAUUCACAGAUAACACACGAAGCAUAAUCCUCACCCCAGACCUAGCACUUGAGUCCUCCGCCACAAGCCUCAUCUCCCACUCUCCCCGCAAAACACCCAUCCCCCCAACCCAACCACACUCAAACGAGCUCUUCGCUUCAAUCCCUCCCCGCCAGGGAUUCACCCCCGAGCUACCAGACACAGGCUUCCACCGGCAACGCGCCGAACUAGCCUCGCACGCCCAGAGCGAGCUGAUCAACGUACCCCUCCAACAACGCCAGCUACAGCAGCCCAUUAUCAACUCAUGGACUAGUCCACGGGCCUGGGAAUCGCCCGCCUUGGCCUCUAUACCCAGUUCACGCGCAAGCCCAGCACGAGCAGCCGACACCGGCAGCGGCCAUAGCCACAGCCACAGCGCCGGCGGUAGUCCGGGGCGGAACCAGGCUGGACGGGUCGUCACUGCCGAGGGGGUUGUCCUAGGCGCGAAUCUGGACCGAUACUCUAAUGGUAUCGAAAUUGGAGAGUCUGGGUCCCAGGCGCUGGGCGAAAGGGGGAGAACGGCUGAGCGCGGCGGGACGGAUCAUGUUAUGAGUUUUAUGCAGUAUGCUGGGGAUCGGGGAGGGACUGGGCUUGGAAUUGAAACUGGUGGCAUUACUUCUAACCCCCAGGGAGGUGGAAGCAGUGCGUCUAGGCCUGCCCAGCGCAGUUUGGAAGAUGAUAUUGUGGCUGCCGAGGGUCAUGAUGUCCCGCCUGCUUAUGAGGCGGCACAGGGAGCUCCUGGACAUGAUAUUAAGUCUCCGUCUGGAAGAAUGGGUAUGAGCCCCAGAGGAGGGGUUUGA